GAGAAAAAUUUAUUAAUAAUAGCGUGUGUGUGUGUGUGUGAUUUUUUUUUUUAAUUUAAAAAUAAAUCGGGACAUUCUGAAACCCAUUUUUAUUUUUAUUCUCUUUUUUGACAGCAAAUGAUGAGUGAUGAAGAAAUUCAAGACCACACGUUAGAUAUUUUAGGUCCAACUUCUUCUAAUAACAACAUACUUGACUAUUAUGAUGAACGAACGAAUAUAACAUCUGAUGAGUUUUUACAUGAUCCAACACGAAGUGAAGAAUACGAUGACGAUGAAAUAAUGUCUUUGCCACCCGUUUCCGGUUUUGGUGAAAGACAAGAUGAAGAAGACGAAUAUGACAAUGAAAAUGAUGAAAGAAGAAAAGAAGAAAGUGAACUUGAUGAAACAAAAUCAGAAGAUCUUGCAAAAGAAAGUAAUGCGCUUUUCAUCUAUCGUGAAACACUUCCAAAUCGUGAGCAAAUUGCUUUAGGGGGACGUGAAAUUGCUGAAAAUGAUGCUAUCUGGAGUGUUUCUUCUUUUAGACCUCAUUGGGGACCCGAUAAAUUAAGGGACAACAAUGCUUUGACAUAUUGGCAAUCUGAUUGUCCUGAUCCAAAAUUGAAUCAUACAAUUGAUCUCCUAUUCAAACAAGCUACUUUAAUUAGACAAGUAUCUAUAUUCAUUGAUUACUUUCAAGAUGAAAGCUAUACCCCGAAAACAAUAUCUAUUAGAGGAGGAACAACAUUUAGAGAUCUUCAAGAAAUAAUACAAAUAGAAUGUGAUCAAAUCGUUGGUUGGAUUAAUAUAGAUGUAACCUCCAAAAAUGAUGGAAAUCCUUUUCGUUUAUUUAGGCUUCAAAUUGCUAUAUUAAAUACACAUUUAAAUGGACGAGAUACGCAUAUACGACAAUUAAAAGUAUUUUCCGCCUUAUCACCAUAUUCGCAAGAUGAAGAAGAAAAAGAAAGAAAGUUACAAGAAGAAAGAACUUUGUUACAAAAACGUCGUGUUACCAAUAAAGGUUUACGGUAAUAUAUUAUUAACCAAUCAAAAAGUUGUAUUUUUGAAGUUUCAAAAUAAA